ACGACGGCCUUAAAACCCGAAAAACCCUUUAGUUUCAAGGAAUGGCCUCGAAAGUCUUUCUCUUUUGAUAGUUUUUAGGUUGUUCUUCUCUUACUGAACCGUGCCCGAAGUGUUUCUAGCGACUUUCACAUCAAAUUGCCUUUAAACAGCUAAACUUUCAAUGCUGAAUUCUCAAUCUGCUAAUGUAGCGGUUGAGUGCGAAAAAUAACUGCCCAGAAUGGCUGAUCAGAACAGACACUGCUUAGAAUGGAGCAAAACACUCUCAACUUACAAAAGUUCAGGAUGUUCUUCUCUUACUGCGUCGUGCCUGAAAAGUUUMAACACACAUUAUCUACAUUCCCAACUAGCCCUAAACAUUGAGGAACAUUUAAAAAAUUUAAACACCGCGAAGCUCAAAACAUUCAACAGUAWGCACAAGAACUUUGUAGAUUCCGGGUCAAACUUCCAACUGCAUCUGAAAGUUUCAAUCUSAUCUCAAAACGAACUCACCAAGCAAUUUUCCUCCUCCCAGGCAACGAUUCUUCAGCCACCAUCAUGUUGGUACCAGUUUGGUUCACCAAGGAGCUCUUCCAAAACGCCCUGCGCAUUUUCCACCAAAACUCCGACAUCCACGUCUUGGAUGUGUCGACUAAAGACGCCAUUCCAGCUGGGGAAAACUACACCAGCGACCUCUUUAGAAGCACCAUCAAGUAUCGCUGCUCCAAAAGUGGGAGAAUCGAAGUGAUUUCCGUGAUAGUCAAAUGCGCCAACGAGGAGGGCGGUGUGAAGGAGAACCUGGAGAAGGAGCUGAACUUGUUCGAGAAAGAGGCGGAGAUGUUUGGCAGGACGUUUCCGGCCAUGUACGAUGUCCUGGGAAGUUUCUACACCCUGUCCUCUAAGUGCCUGCUCACCUCUUUGGUUCCUCACAAAAUCAUCAUUCUGGAGGACUUAACGGCGUUGGGGUUCAAUGUUCUUCCCAGACAUAUUGGCUUCGAUCUGGAACACUGCUUCCUGGUUGUGGAAAAAUUGGCUCAAAUGCAUGCAGCUUCAGUUAUAAUGUACGAAAAUGAUCCUUCUCUUGUUAAACUGUACUCUGAAGGGCUUUACGGCAAUAAUCCACUUACUCGAGAUUGGGUGGCUGCUGGCUACAAAGGACUAAUCGAUGCGUGCUCGCGAUGGCCUGGAUUUGAGAAGUACGGCUACAAGCUGCAGGCUCUAGGCGAACAGGCUCUGGAUCGAGGCUUCAGGGCGCAAAAGCGCAAACUGGGAGGCUUCAACGUGUUAAACCACGGCGACUUAUGGGUGAACAACAUGAUGUUUGCCUAUCAUCCGAAUGGAAAUCUGAAGGACAUGCGAUUUAUCGACUUCCAAAUGAACAUCUUCACCAGCCCAGCCAUCGACCUGCACUACUUCAUUGCAACCAGUACCAAAAUCCAGGUGAAGCUCGACCAUAUCGAGAUUAUCCUCGAUCAUUACUAUGCGCAGCUGAUCGCUAACCUGGCCAAACUGCAGUACUCUCUGGAACGGGUACCGUCACGGGAGCAGUUUAAAAAGGACUACAACUAUCGAGCUUUUUAUGGGUUGAUGGGCGCAGCCACAGUGCUGGCUUUCGUCAAGGCUGCAGAAGGACGCACUGAUGCCUCCUUUGAAAACAUCAUCAAGGACGAAAGUCCUGAGGGAUUUCGGUAUCAUGCGUACAACAACGAGCGGUACCGCAAGCACAUGGAACAUCUGCUGCCGUACUAUGAUAGCUUCGGAAUCUUGGAUUAGAGAGGUCGCAAGAUGACAGGGAUCAGUCACUGUAGAUACUUUGUACUUCUUAGAAUAUGUUUGAGUAAAAGCUUAUAAGCACCAAACCGUUUUUGAAGUGAUAACUUUUUAUGGGAGGGUGAAUCGGUUUUUCUCGGUUGAGGCUUGGGACGCACAUAUGCACUUUUAGUGCGGGUGCAUCUGUACAUCUGAUAAACUUUUCAAAUACACAUUGCGUUAUUAAACU